UUCAACGCUUUCAUGUUCUUCAUCCUUGAAUCCAUCAAACCUUCUUCUCCUUUCCGUUUCUAUUUAUACUCUUCUUCUCCAUUCCGUCCAUGUCUUCCUCACUUUCCCGGGUUUCUCACCGGAACUUUUUGUAUUACUCUAAUCGCCGUCCAUGGCGUCCACCUUCAGUUCCGGCGCUCAAAUGUUACUGGUUCUUUCUGUUUUUAUUCUCGCCGGAAGCCUAAGAAGCGGCGACGCGGCUUCGUUUAAGUUCGACAUCCACCAUCGAUUUUCGGACUCAAUAAAAGGGAUUUUCCACUCUGAAGGUUUACCGGAGAAACAUACCCCUGGAUAUUAUGCUACUAUGGUUCACCGUGACCGGUUAGUUCGUGGUCGGCGAUUGGCAGCUAGUGAUGUUGAUACGCAGCUGACGUUCGCUUAUGGCAACGAUACCGCCUUCAUCCCUGACUUGGGAUUUUUAUACUAUGCUAAUGUUUCGGUCGGAACGCCGUCGUUAGAUUUCCUUGUGGCGUUGGACACUGGAAGCGAUUUGUUCUGGUUACCGUGUGAAUGUUCCAGUUGUUUUACUUAUUUGAACACAUCAAAUGGAGGAAAGUUUAUGUUGAAUCAUUAUAGUCCAAAUGAUUCAACAACGAGCUCAACUGUUCCCUGCACUAGCUCUUUGUGCAACCGAUGUACUUCAAACCAAAAUGUUUGUCCUUAUGAAAUGAGAUACCUGUCUGCUAAUACCUCCUCGAUUGGCUACUUGGUUGAGGACGUAUUGCACUUGGCCACUGAUGAUUCACUACUCAAACCUGUUGAGGCUAAGAUUACUUUUGGGUGCGGUACGGUCCAGACUGGUAUAUUUGCAACAACUGCAGCUCCCAAUGGUCUUAUUGGGCUUGGCAUGGAAAAGAUAUCAGUUCCAAGCUUCUUAGCAGACCAAGGACUUACCUCAAAUUCAUUCUCCAUGUGUUUCGGAGCUGAUGGUUAUGGGAGAAUCGAUUUUGGGGACACAGGCCCAGCAGACCAAAAACAAACCCCCUUCAAUACCAUGCUCGAGUAUCAAUCCUACAAUGUCACCUUCAAUGUGAUAAACGUGGGAGGAGAACCCAACGAUGUUCCAUUUACUGCAAUUUUUGACUCUGGAACCUCGUUCACGUACCUAACCGAACCAGCUUACUCAACUAUUACUAAGCAAAUGGACGCAGGGAUGAAGUUAAAGCGCUAUUCAUUAUUUGGUCCUAAUUUCCCAUUUGAAUACUGCUACGAAAUUCCUCCAGGUGCAAAAGAAUUUCAAUAUCUGACGCUGAAUUUUACAAUGAAGGGUGGAGAUGAAUUUACCCCUACAGAUAUUUUUGUUUUUCUUCCUGUUGAUGAAACUACCCAUGUUGCUUGUCUAGCCAUUGCCAAAAGCACCGAUAUUGAUCUGAUUGGACAAAACUUCAUGACUGGUUAUCGUAUUACCUUCAAUCGUGAUCAGAUGGUGUUGGGAUGGAGUUCUUCAGACUGUUACGACAAUGGCGUCGGCACUCCCUCCGGCGAUACCCCUCCGGCUGAUUCUCCCUCCGACUCCCCUCCGACUGAUUCCCCACCAUCCGUCUCCCCUCCGACUGAUUCCCCACCAUCCGACUCCCCUCCAACUGACGACACUCCGCCGUCCGAUGACUCGCCUCCGUCCGAAGACUCGCCUCCGUCCGAAGACUCUCCCCCGUCCGAAGACUCUCCCCCAUCCGAUGACUCGCCUCCGUCCGGCGACUCUCCUCCGGCACCGUCUACCCCAGGAGGACGCCCCGGUUUGCCGGGACUUGGGGGUGCAGCGCAGUUGAACCCAUUGGGGUUUGUAUUUGGUGCGGUUCUUGCAAUUUUGGCUCUUGUUUGACUUUGAUUAUUAUUACUCUCUCGGUUUCGUUGUUUGGUUCUCAUUUAUUUGGUGUAUUUUUUUUCGUGAAAUAAUAAUCUAAAAUUGAAAUAGUUUUUAUUGCAUUUUUCUUUCUAUUUGGGUUUUGUAAAUCGAUGUCUAUUCGGAUUUUGUAAAUCAAUGUUAUUCAAAUUAGUUAGCUCUAAAUUUGUGAGUUAAUUUUAUUGGUAGUAUGGUUAAUCAAUUAUAAACUUCAAUGCAAUGUUUUAUUACGUGGUAAUAAAAUUGAUUGGGAUCUUAGAUUUUGUAAA